ACAUACGUUCGCUGUGUCGGCUCACCACGCCCGGCAGCUUAUAAUGUAUACCAGCUGUUCCAUUCAUAACUAAUCACUUAUCACGUUAUUUUUUCUACGGUAUCGAACGGAACCACGGGAUCAUUUUUCUUUGAUCAUUUGAAGUUGCCAUUGGCCAAGUCAAAUUACUGCUUUACAAUGCCCAAGUGCAGUCUCGCUACCACCAAUUCCAGAGACUUGAAUCUACAGUUUGUGCGAACGUAUUGAGCCUCCUAGCACCGAGCUCUGGUCUUGAUGCUGGAACAUAACUUUCUCCUACUUUCUGUGGACAACUGUGAAUUCUGGACUGACUAUUACUAACGAGUUACUGUGGUUACUACUGCUAACGAUUUACUGUGGUUACUACUGCUAACGAGUUGCUACUGGCGAUCGAAUUGACUGCAGUUUUGUUUGAUUAUUUCGUGCAACAUAAUUUCAAGCAGCGCCAUAAAAGAAUCAAAUUCACUUACUUCUGGUGUUUUCAAAUGGAAAGUAGCAGCUUUCCCACGUCGUUCAAUUUUUGGGACGUCGGAAGGUGCCUUUGAAAUCUUUCACCAUGGGAAAUGGGAUGAAUAAGGUGCUGCCUGGGUUGUACGUAGGCAACUUCAGAGACAGCAAGGACACGGGGCAGCUGAAGGAACACGGCAUCACGCACAUCCUCGCCAUACACGACAAUGCCAGGAAGCUGCCGUGCAACAACGACAAAGAACAUCUGUGCAUCCUUGCGUCUGACUCGCCGGGCCAGAGCCUGAUGCAGUUCUUCCCCGUCUGCAACGACUUCAUCCACACCGCUCGGCUCAAGGGCGGCUCCGUCCUCAUCCAUUGCCUUGCGGGCAUGUCACGCUCGGUGACGGUGGCCGUUAUCUACGUGAUGAGCGUGACGAGCCUCAACUGGCGUGACGCUCUCAACGCUGUGCGCGGAGCUCGUAACGUCGCCAACCCUAACGUCGGCUUCUUGAAGCAACUCAGCGAGUUCGACGCAGAGCGUCUUACCGACGAGCGUCGUCGUCUGAAGGAAAAGUAUCCUGCGUACGUAAGCAUGAUGGAGGAGGAUGAGAGAGUAGCGCAGGAGUUCCUAGCAUCCUACAACCUGUCCCUGAGCCUCGGACAAACUUGUGACGGCGAGUGUCCCGUGGGGUCGGUUUGUCCUAGAGGACUUUGCAACCAGCGCAGGAGCUUGUUCAGACGCUCGACGCCUAGACCGACCUCGAUGGCACCUCAUAAGAAAAAAUAACGGCCAACUGAAAGCGGGAUAUUUCGUCGAAGCGCAAAAGAGAAAGCAAGCCGUCCAACGACAUCAGCGAGUGCCG